AAAAAGUUUUGAAGACUGAAAAGUUAUUUACAAUUUUUUAAUUAUCCCCAUUUGAUGAUUAAUCGUACCAUUUUUCAUCUAAAUGUGUAUCAAAUGCUUCCAAAAGUGCUAGUGAGCAAAAAUAGCAUUAAGCAGUGUCGAUUUUAAUGUUUUCCCGGUCGUGAGCGGCAGAAGUCUGUUGCACCCAUUUUCGCGAUGAAGAAAUCCUAGAAUUUUUAUUUUUUGUUCGUCUUACUCAAUCCGACGGCGACGACAACGACGGCAGACAAGAAGAAGAAAGGCACCAUCAAACCAAACGGGUCCGUGUCUGAUGUGCGUUGAUUGUGUGUGGUGUUUGUGUUUACGUAAAAAGAGUUGGAAAAACUGAAAGUGAUUGUACAAUAAUUUUCGAUCUGCGGGAAGAGUGAACGGAAGAAAAAACAUCAAUUCAUUAGGGAAUUCCAAAGUAGAACAGGCGGAGGAACGGUUUGUUUUAGGGGAGGGUUACCGGAACCCGAUUGCCAGCUCCUGCAAGGGAGAACCACCCGGACAAAAGAGUGUUAAAUUGGAUUCCGAAAGCAUAUUCGGGGCGCCCCCGUCCGGGAGAAUGAUGGCCCCCUUCCGGCGCAAAAAAUCCAACAAGGAGUUCCCGGUGAAGGUGUGCACGUACGACUCGGAGCUGGAGUUCCAUCUCGAGCACCGUGCCACCGGUGGCUUCCUGUUCGAUCUAAUUUGCCGCACAAUCGGUCUCCGUGAGACGUGGUACUUUGGGCUGCGCUACGUCGACAAGAAGGGUUACAAAAGCUGGCUCAAAAUGGACAAGAAAGUCCUGGAUCAGCACAUCAAUCUCACCACGGAAGGUUGCGUGUUCAUGUUCAUGGCCAAAUUCUUCCCGGAAAACGUCGCCGAAGAGCUGGUCCAAGAGGUCACCCAGCACAUGUUUUUCCUGCAGAUCAAGGAGGCGAUACUCUCGAUGGUAGUUUACUGUCCACCGGAGGCUUCCGUCCUACUGGCUUCCUACGCGGUGCAAGCUAAGUACGGCGAUUUCGAUGAGGCUGUCUGUAAGCCGGGCAUGUUGAUUAGUGAAAAUUUAUUACCGCAACGGGUGAUCGAUCAGUACCAGAUGACUCCGCAGAUGUGGGAAGAGCGAAUCAAAACGUGGUACGCCGAUCAUCGCGGGAUGUCCCGCGACGAAGCGGAGAUGGAGUAUCUCAAGAUAGCACAGGAUUUGGACAUGUUUGGCGUUAACUACUUUCCCAUUACGAAUAAGAAAAACACAGAGGUAUACGUGGGCGUUACUGCGCUCGGUCUCAACAUCUACAGCAAGGAGAACAAACUGACUCCGAUGACCACCUUCCCGUGGAACGAAAUCCGAAACAUCAGUUUCGACGGGAAGAAAUUCUUCGUCAAAACGAACGAAGAAAAGGGCAACGUUGCGACGACCUUCUACUCGGAGAAGGCUCGCAACAACAAGGAACUGCUGGAUCUAUGCGUGGGGAACCACGAGCUGUACAUGAAGCGACGCAAACCGGACACGAUGGAGAUCCAGCAGAUGAAAGCACAGGCAAAGGAGGAGAAACACCGGAGGCACAUCGAGCGGAACAAGCUGGCGCGGGAGAAGCAGCUGCGCGAGGAAGCCGAACAGGAGAGGGCCAACAUGGAGAAAAGACUGAUGCAGCUGCAGGAGGAGAUGGCUUCCGCCAAUGAGGCGUUGCGCCGAAGCGAGGAAGCGGCCGAACUGCUCGCCGAGAAGAACCGCCUAGCCGAAGAGGAAGCCCUGCUGCUCUCCCACAAAGCCCUGGAGGUCGAGCAGGAAAUCAGCCGGAUGCGGAUGACGGCCCGCAAAACCGAAGAGGAAAAGGUCUACCUGGAGCGGAAAACGCAGGAAGCCGAACUGCUGACGGCCCAGAUGAUCGAAGAAUCGCGCAAGCGGGUCAUGGAAACGGAGAAGCUCAAGAACGAGCUAAUCCACGCCCGGGUCGCCGAGAAGGAAGCCAAGGAAAAGCUGCUCAACUUUCUGAGCCGGACAUCGACGGAGUCGAUUUUUAUAACGCCGUCCUCGUCGCCGGAAACGCCGGCCCUGGAGAGCAAUACGUACGACCUGCUGGCGGACGGGGACAUGGAUCAGCUGUCGCUGGAAAUCGAGAAGGAAAGGGUGGAGUACCUGACGAAAUCGAAACAGGUGCAGAACCAGCUGAAGGAGCUCCGCUCGGAGAUCGAACAGCUCAAGAUCGGCGAGAAGCAGUCGCCCCUCGACAAGAUCAACGCCCAGCAGAUACGUCUAGGUGAGAACAAGUAUUCCACCCUGAAGAAGCUCAAAUCGGGCUCGACGAAAGCACGAGUAGCGUUUUUUGAGGAAUUAGACCCGGAGGAAUCGAUAGCGUAGCGUUUCCCGGAAUCAUCACGCCCCGGAGGAUGAUUCCCAAGGAAGAAAACAAAUCCAUUCAAUCUCGCAUACUCUCACAAUUGCCAACCUGCUGCUACCUAUCUUUAGCUAGGGA